GAUAUUAUGUUACACUACGGCGCAGUUUUUUGUGGCAAUGAUGCUGACGUACGGCAUCCGAACCAAAUCAGUUUUUUUUAUGGAGAAUCUGAAUGUGGAAACCGGGAUCGAAGCAGUGAUCAUUCUAGCCCUGCAACUCGUGGCAAUGGUUUUCGUCGCUGAAAAGGUUCAAGAAAUCGCACCAACGAUUUCCCUGAGUGCAACCAUGGAAAACACCGGAUCGCAGGGGAAUUUGCCGUACAUGUCGUUACAGCUGUUAUCGAACUUAAACAGUUCCAAUGCACCUGGAUUCAGCGUGGCCGGAAUAUGCGGCAUUAAUCGAGCAUUUUUGGCAGCGAUGAUCGGCUUGAUUUCAACGUAUGUCCUUUUAACGUGGGAUAAGAAUGAAGCAGUUAUACACUGCGUUCAGCAGCCUGAAUGUUAACAAUCAUUUUUAACCUGUUUGUAUUGCACUAUGUAGCAAGGCG